AUGACGUUUGAAAGUACGCUACAGCGAUUCCUGGUAUUGAUUAGAGCGAGUCGCAUUUCUGGCUGGUUCUUUGGACCAAUUCUCCACGCGAUUGGCGUAAUUCACUCUCGCGUGUUCCCAAAGACUACUGUAGACAUUCUACGAUCUGGUUUUCAACUCUUCUGUUUGUCUUUUCCAUUAUGUAUCAUUGUAUUCGGUGUGAAUGACGUGUAUGAUUAUCCAUCCGAUGUACGCAACCCACGCAAACAUGAACACGCGUGUCGCCUAAGCACUCAUUCUCCUGUCGUCUUUUGCCCCUUCGCGAUCAUCAAUGCGAAAUUUCCACCAAGCAACCUUAACUACAUUCAUCCUCUUUCUCGGCUGGCAGUACUCCUCUCCCCCUCUUCGUCUCAAGGAGAGGCCCAUACUGGACUCGCUCUCCAACGGCGCCCUUGUUUGGUCAUCUUGGGCACUUGGGUACACUUCUUCAGGCUCGGAGCUUUUUGGGGUGAAUGCUGGAGAGAGAAGGGUUGGCUUUUGGCAUUUUGCACAGCUGGUGUACAUGCAUUAGGUGCUGCAACUGAUGUGGAAGCAGACGUUUCUGCAGGACAGAGGACGAUUGCGACGGUAUUUGGAGUAAGUUUGGCUGCAGGCUGCUCUGCUGCACUCUAUCUACCCGCAUUAACAACUGUUGAAUCAAUAUCGUUUGUAGGAGUCUACAGUUUUGUUGGUUCUGCAAUUUCACUUGUCCCAGUCUUCAUACCGGAGUGGGCGCACUAG